CGAUCAGCUGAGCAGCGUUUCCCUCUCGAGGAGGAUCAGACAGAGCUGUGGUUCAGACUCUCUCUCUGCUUGUACAGUUCGGAUGAGUUUGGCUGCGUGUUCACGCGUUAUUUAUUGUGUGUAGCGAACCUUGUGGAGAAGAUGUUGGACAUGGUCGCAUCGCAAAAAUGAACACAGACUGCAGCAAGCCUUCUGUUGCUCCAAAGCCAAGAUUUGUUUGUUACGCCAGCCUGAAGCUGCCCUCCCCUCUCAUGUCCGCAUCCAGGGGUCCCAAACCCUUUAUAGCCCCCAAACCUAAAGUCACACCAGAGCUUAAUGGCAACCAGGGAGGGUGCAUCAAUGGCGGAUUAUUAAGUUCUUAUGGCGAGGUCGACCAAGAGCACGAGACAGAAAAUGGUCUAAACAAAGUGUUGGAUGCAGAGAAACAAUUUAACGGCAACAUCCUCGUAUCACCGUUUCAAGAUGUCCAGGGUGCAGAGGACAGAGAGGUGACAGAGGAGGAAAGGGAAGAGGAAGACGAUGGGAUUCAGAAGAUGGAUGAGGACUGGAGGUUAACUGACAGCGCUCUUACAGAGGACGUGGACUCCCUGGAAACACUGUUGGUCAGUGAUGCCGGACUCACUGCUGACUCUGAGGACGUGGUGGACAUGGUUGACACGGACGUGACGGAGGACAUGGACGCUGACGGUUAUGACGCAGGAGAGGCGCUGGCAGACACAGAUGGCCUCUCAGUGGGAGACAUUUCUGUUAAUAGCAUUGAUGAGGACGCAGGCUGCUAUUCUGAUCGAGACAUGAGUGACAGGCGGGAAAAGCUCCAGAUCAAGGAGGAUGAAACAGGUGAAUGUACAGCUGAUGAUUUAAGUGAAUCUCUCACAGAUGAGCCUGAUGUUUUCAGCAGAGAAAAUACAAAGGACACUUACACACAACAACAAGUGUUUCUAACAGAUAUAGAGGAGACAGAAGAGGAAUCUGCUCCUGAUUGUGGUAUCACUUGUAACAUCCUGCAGUUUGGAUGUGGCAAUAAAAUGAAGGAAAAGGGCGACAACCUACAGAACAUUAGUUUUUAUGACUUUAUCCCCGAAGACCAGAAACAGCUCUGUGGAACAGCUAAUAGGCAUGUUGCCCUUGAAGAGGAACCAACUCAUGAGCCUUAUUACGUCUCUUCUGAGGACAUUAUUAACAGAGAGAUGAUGCCAAGGAACAAAAAAUCUCAUGACCUACCACAGAGUCCACUUUUGUCUAUUAACAGCAGUGGAGUAUCAACUGGGAAAUAUGAGAAUAAAGCGGGAAAUGAGGAUUACGUGGUGGUAAAUAACAGUCUUGAGUUCAGCCUCUACAACAGUGAUGAAAACAACACGAGAACACAUCAGAAAGGGACUAAAGAACCCAAAACUCAGACAGUGGAGGACUUUCUCGAUAAUUUGGACUGCCAGCCGAGGUUCAGGCUGGUAUCCAUCUCAGUGCCAACAGAUACCGACACCUCGCUGACAUCUUCUCGCUCGGAAAGCCAGCUGCUUUCACCGAAUGACUCGGAUGUCUUCGAGGAAGACCUGGAGGGUCACAUAGGGCCAUUUCUAGAUAACACCUCUGACACGGAGCAGGACUUUAGUGAAGAGCAUCUCUAUGAGGAGCCAGGGCAUUACUCAGAGGGGGAAAAUGUUUUCCCUUUUCACAAGAGGACAACAGAGAUGCGCUCCUGCUCAAUGUCACACCGCAUUCAUAAUAACGUGGAGAUGCAGUUUGUUCAGAGGCCCUACAUGAGUGGAUUCGGACAACCUGCGUUGAGCAGCAGCCCCAUGAUGAGCUCAACGCGGCACAAGAGCUACAGCAAACCUCACUAUUUGUCCCUGUACCCCCGCUCCCUCUCCAUGGAGGGGCAGGACAUGCCUCUGGGUGUCCACAGCUUCAGGGAUGGAUCCCCGAGACAGGGAGGUGCCAUUAGUUCAUCCGGAAGCUUCUCAAGGUGCUCAGCUCUGUCAUCCAGUGGCCUGUCCACUCCCACAUCUACAGUGGGUAUCCCUCCUCCGUUUGAGCUGGCCUACAUCACCAAGAGGCCCAUCACAAAGAGUUCCCCAUCGCUUUUCACCGAAGGAGACUCGCCGGAGAAAAACAGGAAAAAUAAAUCCUCCAUUAAGCGUUUCCUGAUGCUUAAAUUUAGGCGGAAAACAGAGAGCAAGCCUGUGGUGGAUGUCAACCCGUCUCUGUUUAGGUCUUCAGGAGAGUCCAGCCCCCACACUCCCAGCAGACUGCUGGAUCUGGAUAGACGCAGCAUCAGUAGCUCUCCACAGCUCACCUCUCGCUCUGCUAGUAAACUUCAUGUUUCCUCCGAGUCGCCCUCAACCUUCUUGCUCUACAGAGAUAGCAAAAUAAAAGGCAACUCUGUGGCCUUUCUCAAUCGCAGCGUUGUCCGGGUGGAGUCCUUUGAGGACCGCUCCCGUGUGCCUUUCACACCUCUUCCACUGACCAAGCCUCGCUCCAUCUCAUUCCCCAACGCAGAUACCUCAGACUAUGAGAAUGUUCCCGCCAUCAGCUCGGAUUACGAGAACCUUCAGGUCCCACAGCGGAGGCCUGUCCUGCAGCCGCAGUUCACAGACUUCUUUGACCGCCCCAGUCGGGUGCUGUCCUCUGCCAACGACACUGAUGGUUACGUGGACAUGAGCAGCCUCCCUGGCUUCAAGCAUAGAACUCAGCCUCCUGAAGAGGAAACAGAAAGUGCCUACACAGAAGCCUACAAUGUGUGUUCAGUGGCCGUCGCUCCACAGACUGUCUCAGUGCGCGAUGUCAGGGGAGAGAUGGGGGGCGAGGAAGACCAAGGACGCACCUCUGAGGAGGAAGAGGGAGGUGCAGACAGCCUUUAUGACAGACAGCCUGAUGGCCGAUCCAGAGCCUUUUACGUCGCAAAAGAGCUGGUGGAUACAGAAAGAUUACAUGUGAAAGCCCUCAAGCUCCUCCAGGAAGACUUUCGAGAAGCAGUGGGUGCAGCAGUUGGGGACGAGGGGGAGCCUGUGUUGGACGAAGAGAGGCUUCGUGAGAUUCUCAAUGAGCUGCCUGAUGUUUACACCCUGCACCGCCGAAUCCUCACCGAGCUGGAGAAUCGGAUCCGACACUGGGAGGAGAGCCAGAGGAUUGCAGACAUCUACCUCUCCAGGAAGGCAGAGUUCUUGGUUUUCACCACUUACAUCGGCCACUAUGAUCGCAGUAUGAACCUGCUGGACGACAGCUGCAGAACUUCACCUGCCUUUGCUGCCAUUGUUCACCAGUUUGAGCAGAGUCCAGCUCGGGAGAAAGUGUCUCUGAAACAUCAGCUGCUGCAGGUCAUCGUGCGUGUGGCUCAGUACCGCAUGCUCCUCACUGAUUACCUGAACAACCUCUCUCCUGAUUCCAAGGAAUAUAAAGACACCCAAGCUGCUGUGGCUGUAGUGUCUGACAUUGCAGAUCAAGCGAAUGACAGCCUGAAACAUGGGGAGAACCUGUUGCGUCUGGUCAACAUAGAGUACAGUGUUCGAGGCCAGCGGGACCUGCUGCAGCCGGGCAGGGUCUUUGUGAAGGAGGGCACCUUGAUGAAGGUCAGCAGGAAGAGUCAUCAGCCGCGACAUCUGUUUUUGAUGAAUGAUGUGCUGCUGUACACAUACCCUCAGCAGGACGGGAAAUACAGACUGAAGAAUAACCUGCCACUCACUGGAAUGAAGCUCAGUAAACCCAUAAUGGAUGAUGUCCAAAACGCACUGAGGAUUGAAGUACCAGACAUCUCCAUCACUUUGUCUGCAACUUCCUUCCUUGAAAGAGAAGACUGGUUUUACACUCUGAGCCGCACUGUGAGUGAACAUGAAAGGGGGUCUGUGGCCUUCAACCGCUGCUCAGGAGAGGCCAGAGAGGGUCUGCGUCUGACUCUGGGAGAGAAAGCCCCGACACUCGUCCCAGUCUCACAAGUGAUGAUGUGCAUGAACUGCACCUCCGAUUUCAGCCUCACUCUGCGCAGACACCACUGCCAUGGCUGCGGAAGAAUUGUUUGUCGAAGCUGCUCCAGAAACAGAUACCCACUGAAAUACAUGAAAGACCGCAUGGCCAAAGUGUGUGAUCACUGUUACGACGAGCUAAAGAAGAGAGGUGGGGAAACUUU